AUGUCGUGGUCCAAUGUUAAACAUUACGAUAUCCAGUUUUAUACGCCGGUCUCUCUCGAGAAUAGAACACACAGGCUGUGCAAAUUACCCAACGGAAUGGAGACUCUUUUGAUAUCGGAUCCGACGGAAAAUUCAAGUGGAUGUUCUCUCACGGUAGCGACGGGUUCGCACAAUGACCCUGACGAGAUACCUGGCUUGGCUCAUUUAUGCGAACACAUGCUCUUAGCUGCAGGGUCCAGAAGGUUCCCCGUUCCGGGAACUUAUCAUGGGAUGAUUGCUAAAUAUAAUGGAUUACAAAAUGCAUUCACAACAGGAGAACAGACGUCGUUUUAUUUUGAGUUGCCCAGCAUUCAUACUUCCGAGGAGAUGAGCUUUCAUCAGGCAGUAGAGGUUUUCUCAUCAUUCUUUGUUGAACCCUUGUUUCAGUCUGAUCUCAUCAACAAGGAGAUAUACGCGAUAGAGAGUGAGCACAAUGGUAACCUGUCUUCCAGCUCCAAAAUAUUCUACCAUGCUGCUCGAUUAUUAUCCAGCGAAAAACAUACAUUUCAUCGAUUUGGCACUGGUAACAUGUCCACUCUGAAAAGUAUGGCGCAGGCUCAGGGGUUGAACCUGAAAGAUGAGUUGCAACACUACUUUGACGAGAAUUAUUUGAGUUCGCACAUGACUCUUUGUAUUCGAGGCCCUCAAUCUGUAAACGCUUUGGCCAAGAUUGCCAUAAAGAGUUUUGGAGACAUACCGAUGUACCCUUCUUCAAGAAGAAAUAUAAUUCGUUCAAUCAAACCUUCUCUGAGAUCGCCGAAAAAGUCCUCUAGGAGAUCGAAGUUGACGUCACCGGUACUUACUCAGGAAGAAGAUGAGAUCCAUACUACAAAGAUAUUAAGCGACACAUGGAAAGAAAAAUAUGCCAAUUGCUUAUGCUUCUCUGAAAGCGAAAAACAAAACGCCAUUUUUGUCAAUGUGCAUAAACUUCCGAUGUCAAGGAUAUUCUUCCCUGUGCACUGGCAAAAUACGAGAUUCACUAAGAAAGAUGUUGUAACUUUUGCACACUUCUGGAGUGAAAUCUUCGGCGAUGAAUCAGAAGGAUCUCUUUGUCACUAUUUCAAGCAAGAAGGCUGGAUAACGAGCUGUUACGCGUUUACAUCCGACUUUGCGACAAACGGCAUGGGACUAGUGCUUGAACUCUCCCUAACAAAUACGGGCUGGAAGAAGAUAAGCUCUAUAGUUGAAACAAUAUCAUAUGUUUUGAUUCCCCUGUUCAGCGGGAAUGACACUUUAACUCUUUCGAAGUUUCUGAGCGAUCAAUGUAGCAUCGAUGUUUUGCGAUUUAUCUACUUACCAAAGGAGAGUUCUCCAAUGCAGGAAUGUUCAAGUUUAAGUUGUUUGAUGCAGGAAGAUUUAGAGGCCUUAGAUCUGAGAUGUCUCUUCAAAGGUUCACCUAUACUAUCCGAGGAAUCUUCCAUCUCAUUUUUUCACGAAAAUACGGAUAGUGAAAGAUGGUGGAUAGGUCAAGCUAUUAAUUUCCAGAUGUUUCUUAAAGAAUUUAUGACCACGAAUAAUAUCAGGUUGAUUCUUCUUGGAGAUUUGAGUACAUGCCCAUUCUUUACGGAAACUAUCCAGCAAGAUUAUUCUAAUAAAGCUCUUAAAAGGGAUGCUGCCUACGAUUUUGAGUAUCUUAAAGUCAUAUUAAACCUGAACGAUGGUAAGCCAAGCUGUAACAUGCAUUACAACUUUCAUUUUCCCAAAGAGAAUUGUUUUAAACCAAAAUGGGCGAACUGUUCCUCAACUUUAAAUGAAAUCUUGAUGACUUCAUCUAAUAAAUGUCGUUCUGCUUCGCUGAGUUUUGCUAUCAAUAGCGACUUGAUUAAAACGAUUCCUACAUUAGUCAGCCAGAAUGAACACCAUGAGAUGUGGAUAUUGCCGGAUGACGUGACUGGUUCAUUGAGAUUUAAGUCUGUCGUUUCUAUUGAUGUUUUAAGCAUGCAGAUAAAACCUAGUCCUGAAAAUACCAUGCACUUGGAGACAUUAAUCCAAAUUUUGUUCAUAUCUUUAUGCCCCAGUCUAUAUCCAUCCAUCAAGCUAGGCUUUUCCUACGAGUUUGGCUGCUCUACCAAAGGUGACGUGAGCAUUAGCUUCACUAUAUCGGGAUUCUCAGACGGUUUAAAGCCAGUUCUUGUUUCCCUCAUAUCAACCAUAAGAAGGAUCGCUACAGAUCCCGAGUUUCCUUCUAAGGAACUUCUAAGAAAAGCUCGCGUUUUGGUUAGAAAUACGUAUCAGGAGGCAGCCAAUCGUAGCGGCGUGGACGUCGCAAGUGUGGGAUUGUUAGUCGUCCUAGAAAAGAAUAUGUGGACCUUCAAUGAAAGGAUGAAUGCUUUAGAAGAUAUAGAUAUGGAAGGCUUUAAGGCUUUCUGUAGAUCAUUUUUGGAUGGCCCUAAAUAUCUCAAUCUGUUCAUCCAGGGAGAUAUUUCAUGUGCUGAUGAGCUCAACAGCUAUUUGAAUGAUUCAUUCACGGGUCAUUUACAAAAAUAUUACAAAGUUCAAUCUACUUUCAAACACCAUUUAUCAACGAAAGAACUCGAACCUGGAACCAACGUCUAUAUUCAGCAACCUGGUCAAAAAGAUGAUCCCAAUAACAGUAUAGUAUAUUUCAUUCAAACAGGAAAACGUAAUGAAAUGCAAAUCCUUUCUCUCACUGCGUUUACAGAAUACUUACUUUCCUUGUCGAUCGUAUCAGAACUUAGAAAUAGAAGGCAAAUCGGCUAUCUAGUAAUGGGAGGCCUUCGGCUACUUUCAGAUACAGUGGGACUACAUAUUACAGUCAUGUCAGAUGCAAACUGCAUGACAUUAGAAAGUCAUAUCGAUGAGUAUUUUGCAUAUCUGGAAAAGGAGAUUCUCGGAAAGUUGAGCCAAGAAACGUUCUCAGAAAAUUACGUGAAACCCUAUGUGAAUUUAUACAAAAGCACUACAGCUGACAAAUUACAGAAAUUUGCAGGCCCCGCAAACCUGUCGAAUGAAAUUGUUGGUAACGUUCAGAGUGGCGACGCCUUUAUUCUGAACAGUUCCACAAUGAAAAGACAUAAAAAGUUUAGGAAUCAAAUUCUGGAUAAACAGUAUGAAUUUUGUGAUAGAGAAACCUGUGUUGAUCUAAAUUUCAUUAGUUUGCUCACAUUGCCAAGAUACACGCAGUUUUAUAAGGAGACAAUAUCUUUAUUUUCCGCCAAAAGGUCCAAGCUAUCUAUCAUGAUUACAAGCCCCAUGAAUGAUGGGGAUGUAGCUGAUCGGAGGCUCGUUUCCCAGUUAGAGUUCUUUUUGAAAAUGAAGGGCUUGGUAAUCUCCUCGGAAGAAGUCGCCGACAUUGUGAGAGCAGCAAAUGGAAAGCCAACUUUAUUAGCGAUGCAACUCUUCCAUUCUUUUAAAGCUAGAAAUGAGGCAUGGAAAUUGUGCUCCACAAUUCUAAAGGAGAUAACCAAAAUGAUCUGGUAUGGGCUAAGACCUCCGCGCGGAUCUGAUACAAAUUCGAUUGCACAAGCGUGGGAUGAAAGUAAGGGACCAGCGGUGGCAUUAAAGGUUAUAGAAGACAUCAAAACCUACAAAGAUGCUUAA